UAAAUACUAUACUAGACUUAAGAGAUUAUGGGAUGAAUUAACCUGUUUGAUGCCGAUUCCUACUUGCACUUGUGGUUCUGCUAAGGCUGUUGCUGAUUUUAAUACAUUAAAUAGACUGAUGCAAUUUCUGAUGGGUCUUAACGACUGUUAUGACAAUGUUAAAAACCAAAUCCUUGUAAUGGAGCCCUUACCUUCUGUGAACCGUGCCUAUUCAUUAAUUCUCAGAGUUGAGAAGCAGAGGGAAGUACAUGUGACCUUCAAUGAGAACAUUGAAUCUACUGGGUUAUUUGCUAAAACCCAAAGUAAUGCACAAUCGUACAAAAGAGAUGGAACUAAUAAAGGAAAUACAAAGAAGACAGACUUUAGUAAGAAAGAUAAGGAUAGUAAGUUCUGUGAUCAUUGCAAUGUGAAAGGGCAUAUGAAGGAGACUUGUUUCAAGCUCUAUGGAUACCCAGAUUGGUAUAAGGAACUUAAAGAGCAACAAGGGAAGUCAGUAAGCAGAAGUAUGGCUAAUAUGGUGGAUACCCCAUUAGAUUUUGGAACUGAAAAGAAGCUUGUUGGUAAGGCAGAUAAGCAAAUGGAUCUGGCUAGCAUGGUGCAACAAGAAGUGCUAAAACUGAUGAAAGGCAAGAUGCUUGUGGAAGGAAGCCAUGUCAAUUUUGCAAACCUAGAUAAUUAUGCAGGACCUGCAGACUGAAAGGAUUCUAGCAGUAGGCAAACUCAUAGGAAGCUUAUACAUAUUAGACAACUCUUGUCUUAGGCAGUUCAAUUGUAACAAUGAGCUUAAAUGUGACCGAAUUUUUUCCAAUCUUUC